GGUCCUAAUGCCUUUUGUAAAGACCUGCCUAAUGGUUUUGCCUUCAGUACAGACAGUAUGGAAGAGCGCGACAGACGUUGUCCUUGCCCCACUGUGUACAAGCGUAGGACACAUGUUUUCUUCUGUCAGCCUGCAACUGAGCCGUGACAACAUUUAGACCCCGGGUCUGGAGAUUGCAGAGGGUAAUCCGUCUUUGUCGUUAUAGCAUAAAGUACUACUGUUCUGUCUACUCCUCAACGAUCUCAAUCAAGGAAAGUUCUCAGAGGAGAACCCACACAUAGAAAGUAUUGGCGAACAUCAAAUAAUGCUUUUCUAGUGCAUGCCCAGGGAUUCAUUCGUAUCUUAUUUUAUAAACCAGAAUUAUUUGGUAAGUUAGCGACACUUAUUUUUGGAGACAGGCAGCUUGUGCUUUACUAAAAAAAAGGACAUACUUUCAACUGAUAAAUUGAUAGCGAUCAAGGGACACUUCUCUGAAAACACUACAGUUCUGCACACAAGUACAUAAAAAGGUGGAAUUUCUUAUUUGCUUAUACUCUUGGAGUAAUACUUUUAAAAUUACUUUGACAGACAUAAUCAUGAGAAUACCUAGAGAGGCUGUAUCUAAACAUUCAAGAUUACCGUAACAAAAGCACACAGUGAUGCUACUAAUAUCAAAUACAACAACAAAUAAUGUGAAAAUAGAUUCAUGAAAAUGUAUUCCUUUGAGGCAUACUGUUAACCUAAAGGCCUGUUUAACAAGGUGUUGCAUUUACUGUACAUUUUGUGCUUAAUAUAAAUGUUGUUCUAAUUGGAUUGCUUUAUGAUAUUUGUUAUCAUGUUGAACUGAUAUUUAGAAUGAGUAAAUAUAUCUCACACAGGUAGCUUCAGGGAAAGAUGCACUGUCUUGAUUACAAAAGCAUUUAUAUGGCUUCUGUGGAGAAGGAAUGUAAAGGACUGGCACUCUCCUUUCUGACUUUUCCAAGCAAAAUCCUGAGGUUUCAUGACUCAUUUAUCCGUCUGUGAUGUUAAAUCAUAUCUAAUUGACAUUUUGUCCUAUAGUGAGAAAUUAAAUCUAUAUUCUGCAUUCCUAUGAAUGUUUCACUUUACUUUCAUGUAAUAUCGGUGCUAUUUAAGAACAUGUUAUGACACUGGCUAUUUCUGACACUUCAGUACAAUUUCUUCUACAAUGAUUCAUAGAGAGAGACUUACAGAGAAGUUGUCGAUUUGGAGGACCCAUGCUAAUGAGCUAUAUGCAUAAAUUUAAAAUUAACAACUACAAACUUUUAAUAAGGAUAUGGAUUUUGUAACAUGAAUGAAAUUAUUCUAUAAUUUCUGGGAUGUGAGGUCUUAUUUUAGUCUUGAGUUACUGUUACUUUACAAAUCUCCUUUGUUCUGAAAUGAUAUAGGCACAUAUAAAAGUGUCUGCAGUGUGAUUUAUAUAUCUUAAGAGUGUCUAAAUGUGCAAAUUUCAGAAUUUCCCUCAGAACAUGAACUAACUUUUCUUUGGAUAUCCUCAUAAGUGACAGUUCUUCAUUCAAUGAAGAGUAAUAAGAUUUUUAAAGUUGUCAGGUUUGGUGAAUAAAAGGGAUGAUUGAACUGAAAUACUCUUGGUAACAAAUCAAAGAGAAUGUUUAAAUUAUGAAAUCAUAUCCUUUUGAAAGUGAUUAUAAAAGAGACUUUAAAAACUGCCUUAGGACAUUGUAGCAUCCUUAGAAAAAUACUCAUGAUCAUGACCUUAAACGAUUGCUACUCGGCUGUAUAGAUUUUAUGCUAGUUCAAAAGGUCAAUCAGUCUCAUGACUUUAUAGUUGUACUUUGUAUUUAAAGUAUAUGUUUAAAUAUUUGUGUGUAUUGAUUAGCAAAUGGUAUUUGAUUAAUAAAAUAUCUAUUUUAAUAAAUCAAAAACUUCAACAUUUUCAAAUAGUGAUUAGCAAGUUUUAAAAUAUGUAGUUAUAAAAUUAAACCUUCUAACUUCUAAUAUAUGAAACAUUAUUUCCUUAUGUCUGAACAAUAUUGAUUAUUUUCAAAAUAAAUUUUAUUGAGUGUUUUGAUGAAUUAUUUUAUUUCAAAGAUUUAAAUUUUGAAUAAAGUAAGUUAAAGUUUCAUAUGAAAGCCUAUUAGUCCUUUUAUUUGUGGUAAAGGCAACCGGAGAAAGAGAAAUAAUAAACUUUCUAAAAGCUCA